CGAGUGAACGUCAGCCGCUUGAAACGCAGGCUCUGACUCGUUCUCAGCUCCGCACAGAGAAGCGACUAUUUAACUUUCGGUUUAAGGACAACAUGGAGUCCGUCUGAUGUGCGACGGAAUAAGCGAUCUGCUGAUUUCUCCGUCACAUUCAGUCGGUUCAGUCGCCACCGGAGCGUCUGCUGCGUCACCAUGUUGGAGGAAACGGGUCCGGGCUGCUUGUCUGAGGCGCUGAAGACUGGAACAACAAUUAUCGGAGUAGAGUACGACGGAGGGGUGGUGCUGGGCUCUGACUCCAGGGUGUCCGCGGGCGCCUCAGUGGUGAACAGGGUGAUGAACAAACUGUCUCCUCUUCAUGAUAAGAUCUACUGCGCUCUGUCAGGAUCUGCAGCAGACGCUCAGACCAUCGCUGAGGUGGUCAAUUACCAGCUGGACGUGCACAGCAUGGAGAUCGGUGAAGACCCUCAGGUUCGCUCCGCUGCCACUCUGGUGAGGAACAUCUCAUACAAAUACAAGGAGGAGCUGUCGGCUCAUCUCAUCGUGGCCGGUUGGGACAGAAGAGACGGAGGACAGGUGUUUGCGACUCUCAAUGGGCUCCUCACCAGACAACCUUUUGCUGUGGGCGGCUCUGGAAGCUCAUACGUUUACGGGUUUGUUGAUGCUGAGUAUCACAGAGGGAUGAGCAAAGCGCAGAGUCAGCAGUUUGUGGUCAACACUCUCGCUCUGGCGAUGAACCGUGACGGCUCCAGUGGAGGAGUCGCUUACGUCGUCACCAUCGAUGAACACAACACGGAGGAGAAAGUCGUCCUAGGAAACAACCUACCGACGUUCUUUGACCAGUGAUUAAUGCUUGUGUAGUAGUUGUGUAGGAUGUACAUGUAUUUGUUUUACAUAGUCACCAACUACUCCACUAACUCGACUUGUAAACCUUCUAAUUAAAGGAGCAUUCCCAGAA